CCCCCGGGGCCGGUCCCGGAGGGCCUGAUCCGCGUCUACAGCAUGAGGUUCUGCCCUUAUGCUGAGAGGACCCUGCUGGUCCUGAAGGCCAAGGGAAUCGGGCAUGAAGUCAUCAAUAUCAACCUGAAAAAUAAGCCUGACUGGUUCUUUAAGAAGAAUCCCCAUGGUCUGGUGCCAGUUCUGGAAAACAGUCAGGGUCAGUUGAUCUACGAAUCUGCCAUCACUUGUGAGUACCUGGAUGAAGCAUAUCCAGGGAAGAAGCUGUUUCCAGAUGACCCUUAUGAGAAAGCUUGCCAAAAGAUGGUCUUUGAGUUAUUUUCUAAGGUACCAUCUUCAUUUUCAAGCUUUAUUAGAAAUCGAAAUAAGGGAGACUGCUCUGGCCUGAAAGAAGAAUUACGUAAAGAAUUCAGCAAGCUGGAGGAGGUCCUGACUAAUAAGAAGACGACGUUCUUUGGUGGCAAUUCUCUCUCCAUGAUUGAUUACCUCAUCUGGCCCUGGUUCGAACGGCUGGAAGUACUGGAGUUAAAUGAGUGUGUAGACCAUACUCCAAAACUUAAGCUUUGGAUGGCAGCCAUGAGGAAAGAUCCCACAGUAUCAGGUCAUCUCAUUGAUGUGAAGACCCAUCAAGGUUUCUUCGAUCUCUACUUACAGAAUAGCCCUGAGGCCUGCGACUAUGGGCUCUGAAGGGGGCAGGAGUCGUCAAUAAAGCUUUGUCCGAUAUUUUCCUUCACUAAUGUGAAUACUAUUACAUGCUUUUACCUUA